AACAGCUGCAUCAGACAUCGACGGUCUAUCCACGCUUUUGUAAAGCUCAUUUUGAAUAUAAAAAAAAAAAAAAAAAAAAAAAGAAAACAGCAAAUAAAUUGAAAAAAUGACUGACUGGGUUAAAAUUGCUGAAGACCAAGAGAUACCGAAAUUCAAAAUUGAUUUAAAUGCAGAUGAACCGGCUCCGACAACAACGGCUAGCAAAGACAAUGAACCCGAUGUUGCGGACCCAGCGGAAACGAGUCUACUUAUAAAAAUAUUGGGCAAGGGAUUAGUUAACACCAAGCAGUCGUUGGAUAUUCAACAAAAGAAUCCAAAUUCACCAUUGCAUUCAGUGAAAACAUUUGAGGCACUACAUCUUAAGCCCGAACUACUGAAGGGUAUUUACGCCAUGGGCUUCAAUACUCCAUCAAAAAUUCAAGAAACUGCAUUGCCAACUCUGCUUGCUGAUCCACCACAAAAUAUGAUAGCACAAAGCCAAUCGGGUACAGGAAAAACCGCAGCAUUCGUCUUGGCAAUGUUGAGUCGUGUAAAUGUUGCCCUGGACCAUCCUCAAGUUCUAUGCCUAUCGCCGACAUACGAGCUUGCAAUUCAAACUGGAGAAGUCGCCGCACGCAUGGGUCAAUUUUGUCCGGAAAUUAAACUAAGAUUUGCAGUUCGUGGAGAAGAAGUUGAUCGCAACUCAAAGAUUACGGAACAUAUUUUGAUUGGAACGCCUGGUAAAAUGCUAGACUGGGGUCUCAAGAUGCGUCUGUUUGAUAUGAAAAAGAUACGAGUAUUCGUAUUGGAUGAAGCAGAUGUUAUGAUUGCUACACAAGGACAUCACGAUCAAUGCAUUCGAAUCCAUAAAAUGCUCAGCUCACAAUGCCAGAUGUUGUUCUUCUCGGCAACCUACGACAAGGAGGUAAUGGACUUUGCACGCUUGAUUGUGCCGGAGCCAACUAUAAUUCGAUUGAUGCGCGAAGAAGAAUCUCUGGACAAUAUUAAGCAAUAUUAUGUAAAUUGCAAAAACGAGGAAGGCAAAUACAAUGCCAUCCAGAACAUCUAUGGCUGCAUCAGCAUUGGCCAAGCUAUUAUAUUUUGUCACACACGCAAAACAGCCGCUUGGCUGGCAUCUAAAAUGACAACCGACGGACAUUCAGUUGCUGUUCUCUCUGGCGACUUGACCGUGGAGCAAAGACUGGCCGUUUUGGACCGGUUCAGGUCUGGACAGGAGAAGGUUCUCAUUACCACGAAUGUUCUCUCACGCGGCAUUGACAUUGAACAGGUGACAAUCGUUGUUAACUUCGAUUUGCCUGUGGAUCUACGCGGUAACGCCGACUGUGAAACCUAUUUGCAUCGUAUCGGUCGUACUGGACGAUUCGGCAAGUCGGGUAUUGCUAUAAAUCUGAUCGAUGGGGAAAAAAGCAUGUCCGUUUGCCGUGCUAUCGAGAAACACUUUCAGAAAGAUAUCAUUUACUUGAACACCGAUAAUGCUGAUGAUAUUGAAAAGAUUGGUAAUUAAUUCAUUGCAAUCAUUCCUCUCAUUUAGCAUUAAGCCAGCAAGUAUGUGAAAUUUCGUUCGAAAUAAAAACAUUUUUGAAAUUAA